CAAAUGUGCGAUAUAUCGAUACUAUCGUCAGUGGUCAAACCAGCUUUAUUUUAUUGAUUUUGUGUGGGAAAUUGUUAGAUUGCACCGGAAUCGGAGGAAUAUGAGCGGCUACCGAGGCAUCGGUGGCGGGGGAUUCCCCUACCGCAAGUCAGCGAGUUCCGGUAACAACAUGAACGCCGUGCCCCCACCGCCGGUGCUGAAUGCCCGUGGUUAUGUGGGUUCCCGAGGCGGAGGAGCAUCGCUUUCCAGUGGAGCAAGCCGUGGCGGGAUUACCGGAAGCACUUCAUCGAUUUCCAAGCACGGCUAUUCCACUCUGGACUCGAUUAGUCAGUAUACGAAUGCCACAAAUCUGGUGGGCAAAAGGAAACAGCACACGGAAGACGAAUACUUCGACGACGAUGAUGAGCCCAAGGAAAGGGAGCUGGAACAGGCCUACAUACCGGCACCGGGAUCCCCGGGAGCACCGCCAGCGAAAAAGCAAGAGGAUUCGGACUCGGAUGAGGAUCCCCUGGAGCAGUUCAUGGCCGGGAUCAAUCAGCAGGUGGAGAAGGAGAAGCGCCAGCAGGCGCCCAAGCCGCCAACUCAAGCGGUGCGGGGCGACAUCGAUGACGAGGACGACGAGGAGAGCUACUAUCGGUAUAUGAAGGAGAACCCCAAUGCAGGGCUCCGCGACGAGGGAUCCGACCAAGAAAUCGAGUACGACGAGGAUGGCAAUCCCAUUGCCCCGCCCAAAAAGAAGGACAUCGAUCCCCUGCCGCCCAUUUAUCACUCGGAGAUCGAGUACGAACCGUUCGAGAAGAACUUCUACACGCAGCACGACGACAUAGCCGCCCUGGACGAGGAUCAGGUGCGGGAACUGAGGCGCACGUUGGGCGUCAAAGUCACCGGACCGUCGCCACCCAAGCCGGUCACCUCUUUCGGUCACUUCGGCUUCGACGAUCAGCUCAUCAAGGCGGUGAGAAAGGCGGAGUACACACAACCCACGCCCAUCCAGGCCCAAGCGGUGCCCACCGCGCUGUCUGGCAGAGAUAUCAUCGGCAUAGCCAAAACGGGAUCGGGCAAAACAGCAGCCUUCAUCUGGCCCAUGCUAAUGCACCUGAUGGAUCAGCGGCAGCUAAAACCCGGCGAUGGACCCAUAGGUUUAAUUCUAGCACCCACUCGCGAGCUGUCGCUACAAAUCUACAACGAGGCCAAGAAGUUUGGCAAGGUGUACAACCUGAAUGUGGUGUGCUGCUAUGGCGGCGGCUCCAAGUGGGAGCAGAGUAAGGCUCUGGAGCAGGGAGCUGAGAUUGUAGUGGCCACGCCCGGCCGAAUGAUAGACAUGGUCAAGAUGAAAGCCACCAAUCUGCGGAGGGUCACCUUCUUGGUGCUCGACGAGGCCGAUCGCAUGUUCCACAUGGGCUUCGAGCCGCAAGUGCGCUCCAUCUGCAACCACGUGCGUCCGGAUCGCCAAACUCUUAUGUUUUCGGCCACCUUCAAGAAGAGAAUCGAACGCCUGGCCCGCGAUGUCCUCAGCGAUCCGGUGAGAAUAGUGCAGGGGGAUUUGAACGAGGCCAACCAGGACAUCACACAGUCCGUGUACGUCUUCCCCAAUCCGCUACAGAAAUGGAACUGGCUGUUGUGCCACCUGGUGAAGUUCCUAUCCGAAGGCAGCGUCCUCAUCUUCGUGACCAAGAAAGCGGAUGCCGAAACAGUUUCCAACAACCUGUUGGUGAAGGAGUACAACUGCCUAUUACUCCAUGGCGAUAUGGACCAAGCGGACAGGAAUAAAGUCAUCACACAGUUUAAGAGAAAGGAAUGCGAUAUCUUGGUGGCCACCGAUGUGGCCGCCCGCGGAUUGGACAUACCCCAUAUCAGGAAUGUGGUGAACUAUGACAUUGCCAGGGACAUUGAUACGCACACCCACAGAAUCGGAAGAACGGGCAGAGCUGGCGAAAAGGGUAACGCUUUCACGCUGGUCACCGAUAAGGACAAGGAGUUCGCGGGACAUCUGGUGCGCAACUUGGAGGGCGCCGACCAGCAGGUGCCCGACGAUCUUAUGGAGCUGGCCAUGAAGAGCUCCUGGUUCCGGAGUUCGCGUUUCAAACAGGGCAAGGGCAAGAGGCCGACAAAUACCCACACGGGUCUCGGUUAUCGGGAGAAGGGAAAUGGAGCAGGAUUUGGCUCGGGUGGCGGAGCGGAUUCUGGAAACAGUGCGUCUGCCCAUAGUCCAAACGAAGGACCCUCAAGCAAAUCCUCUGCCAGUGCAGGACCCGCCACCGAUCGCUAUGCCGCCAUGAGGGAGGCUUUUCGAUCGCAGUAUAACAACCAAUUUCGAGCCUCCAGCGAUCGCACUUGGGAGAAAACGCUGCCCGAGUCGGGCGUUUUUGCUGCGCCAAUGGUACCGCCUCCGCCAACAUCGUCAUCAUCCCAGGGAGCUUCCUCCUCGUCCAGCAGCAGCAGCAGCAACCAGGACUCCAAAAGGGCCAAAAAGAGCCGCUGGAAUUGAAACUCAGGCAGCCAGUUGGUUUAUUUCUCUUCAUAUUAUUUAAUGUGUAUUUGCUUUUGUUCCAUCGUUUAAAAUUACAGCUUAUGGACUAAAUUUAAACAUAUAUUUAAUCAGAUAUAUACCAUGUUCAUUCAUAAAGAUUACGUUAGUUAAAUACUCGUAUGUACAACUCUCUUCCUUCGCAGCCAGAUCCAGCGAACGAUCCCACAGAUCCAAAUAAAAAUCUUCAUUAAUUGUAA